AUGGCGGCUCAAACGUCCUUAGCGGAUCUUACGGCAGACUGCUUCGCGCACUGCUGCCGAUGGCUCUCUCCCCGCGACCUCGUCAACCUCUCCUUUUGCUGCUCGUCGCUUCGCCAACUGGCCAAUACCGAUGCACCGUGGGCAUGCCAGGUGGCACAUCAGGGAGCACUACCACGCCAGGUCGCGCUCCUCUCAGGAUUCCGUGAGGCUUUCAUAAAGCGCCACGUGGCAGCACAGAAGCUGCAGAUCGCCGACCCUGCCACGUGCGCAUGGCCCCUGUCUGGGGACGCAAGGGGGGACGCAGCAGCAGCAGGAGGCGGAGGAGAGGGGGACGGGGGAGGGGAAGGGGCGGCAGCAGCAGCAUGGGGAUGGGGUGGGCCAGGGGGAAGGGGAGGGGGAGUUAGGGGGGGAAGAGGUGGGGGGCAGGGCGGCGGUGGGGAAGGGGAAGCGCAGAAGCCUGUGAGCGCUGUGGUGGUGCUGCAGGGGGGCGGAGGCCUUUCCGCCAUCCCCGCUUUAUCCUCAGUUUCAGUCCCAGGCGCUGGGGAGGGUGAUGAGUGGGACGAGGAGGGAGGGGAGGAGGGGGAGGGGAGGGGGAAGGAAGGGAGGGAAGGAAGGCAUCAUGUGGUGGCAGUUCAGGGCUCCAAUAUUCUCCUGUGGGGAGCAGCAGCAGCAGCAUCAGGAAGGGUGCGGCCGUCAGCAGUGGGGGAAGCUGGCCUGUCAACAGUGUUCACAGCACACAAGGGCCGAAUCACAGCGCUGCUCCCAGUGGGCCUCUCGCCCUUCCCUGCCGCUGCCCGCCUCGCCCCGCCCCUCCCCGCCCACACCUUCCUCCUCUCCACCAGCCUGGACCGCACUCUACGCCUCUGGGGCAAGGUGAGAGAUAAUUGCGAGGUGAGGGGCAAGGGUGAGAUGGGGCAAGGCCUGGACCGCACUCUGCGCCUCUGGGGCAAGGUGGUUAGCUAUGUUGAUGAGCUGCUUCCAUCCUGUCUCUCUGCUUCUGUCCUGUCUCUCUGCUUCCAUCCUGUCUCUCUGCCUCCAUCCUGUCUCUCUGCUUCCAUCCUGUCUCUCUGCUUCCAUCCUGUCUCUCUGCCUCCAUCCUGUCUCUCUGCUUCCAUCCUGUAUCUCUGCUUCCAUCCUGUCUCUCUGCUUCCAUCCUGUCUCUCUGCCUCCAUCCUGUCUCUCUGCUUCCAUCCUGUCUCUCUGCCUCCAUCCUGUCUCUCUGCUUCCAUCCUGUCUCUCUGCCUCCAUCCUGUCUCUCUGCCUCCAUCCUGUCUCUCUGCUUCCAUCCUGUCCCUCUGCCUCCAUCCUGUCUCUCUGCUUCCAUCCUGUCUCUCUGCUUCCAUCCUGUCUCUCUGCCUCCAUCCUGUCUCUCUGCUUCCACCCUGUCUCUCUGCCUCCAUCCUGUCUCUCUGCCUCCAUCCUGUCUCUCUGCCUCCAUCCUGUCUCUCUGCUUCCAUCCUGUCUCUCUGGUUCUGCCUCGCCCUUCGCCCUUCAUCUCGCCCCUCCCCGCCCACACCUUCCUCCUGUCCGCCAGCCUGGAUCGCACACUGUGCCUCUGGGGCAAGCCUGGACCGCACUCUGCGCCUCUGGGGCAAGACCACCUGUCUGCACGCCUUCUCAGGGCACACGGGCCCCAUCCUCUGCCUCUCAGACCGCAUCAUAGGAAGCAGAACUGAGACUUCGGGACCUACUUUCUCCUCUUCUUCUUCUUCUUCCCCCUCUUCCUCUUCUUCCUCUUUCCUCCCUUGCAUCGCCACCGGCGGCAGCGACAGCACCGUUCGCAUCUGGUCCCUCCUCCCGUCAGGGAAGGGGCGGUCAUCAUGUGUUGCCGCACUGAAGGGCCACGAGGGGCCAAUCGCUGCUCUGGCUGUUGCCACGUGGGUGACUUGUCUCUUGCACAAGCUUGGAUGCAGCGCAUCAGUAUUUUUGCUGGACUGGACCAACAUGCCCUGCACCCUUUACCUCAUUUUCAUUUACCCUCCUCACACCCUCCUCACGCCCUCCUCACGCCCUCCUCACGCCCUCCUCACGCCCUCCUCACGCCCUCCUCACGCCCUCGUCUCAACCUCACCCUUCGCCCUCCCCAUCCCUCAUGCCUGCCAGUCACAUCCUUCUUUUGAAACGCACAACCCAUUCCUUCUGGCGAGUGUUGCACGUGACGCCAAGGUUCUAGCCCUCCCAUGCGGGUCCUCCCCCCUCUCCUCCUUCGCCUCCUCGCCAUCACGCUGCAUCGUUGCAGCGGGUUCCGAGGAUGGCUGUGUCAGGCUGUGGCGCAUGGGGCAGGCACGCAAUGGAGAAGCAGCGGGUACGGUCCAUAUGGCCUCGGAGUUUGGGCCAGGAGGGCAGGUAUCAGCAGGCAUGCGAGAAUCUAAAGUGCUCUCAAACUGCCAGGCAGGCGUGGCUGAGUUCAGGCUGCUCGCCUGCUCAAAAGCGCACAACAGUACAGUGGAUUUACUGUACGUGGACGGUUAUAAGUGCAUCAGUGGGAGCCGAGGGGACGGAGUGUUGUGUGUGUGGGAUGUGGAGACUGGGGAGGAGAUUCGCACGUUGGACGCUACUGUUCUCCCCCCCUGGCUGGUGGAAACCGAUGAUGCUAGUAACGAGGGUCAUGGUGAUGGUGGUGGUGGUGGUGGUGAUGCUGCUGCUGGUGGUAACCUUACAAAUGCUGGUAACCGCAGCGAUUCAACAGCGGAUGUUGACCUUAUAGGGGAAGGUGGCGCUACAGCUGAUGUUGCGACUGCUGGCGAAAGUAGGGGCAAUGCUCCCGAGACGGAGGGCUGUGCUCGGGAGGAGGAUGCAACAACAUGUGGUGGAGGAGGUUGA